AUGGUUGGUCACCUAAGCGCAUCAUCUGUCUCCCUUGUCCUACUCCGCCUCUUGCAGGCGAGUGUCGAGCUGAUUCCCCGACGCCUGGGCUCAGGACCCGUGGUCCGUGUAAUGCACAGUCUUAUCACCCGACUGGUGGCAGCUGCCUACAAGCCACUCCGAGUGCUCCGCAUGUUUGAGGCUGACUGGGCUACUGGAUUGUCUACGACCCUUCGACAAAGUGGCUUAAAUUCCAACCCCUCCUCUUCCGCAAUCACCACCGGCGGCAUUCAGUUUGGUAAAGGAAUUGCUGGUGAUCUGACUAGUAAUUCUGGUGACUUAGCAUCAUCAACCACCUGCAUCCGUCGCGGUUCAUCUGGCAGGGGCGGAAUGCACGCCGGCCAGACGCACUUAGCAGCCAACUCCCCUGUCGCCCACCGUCUUCUCAGUCAGGCUUUCAACGAAGUAGCCGAGCAGCGUCGUGAGGGCAUGCGCCUCGUUCUAGUAGGCUACAAAUGCCCUCGGAGGGGAGUAAGAAUUACAAUGCCAGUGGAAGUCUGUUGCCGAAGACGGGCCGUCGAUGAGUUCUGUAGACAGUGUAAGAAAGAAAACCAAACAAGUGAGCCUAAGGCGCCGCCAACCUACGCCAAAAACGACGAAAAAGAAAUGCGCCUGACUUUUAGGCUCUCUUCUUUAUAUUUACUAUAUCAAUUUUUAAGUGACCCUCCUGAUUGGAAUUGA